GCGGUCUGAUACAAUCUCGUGGCCAGGCCGUUCACCUGACCUAAAUCCACUCAUUUUUUUUACUGAAUAGCGGUGAAAUAAAAAGUUUACUCAAAGCCAAUAGAAAAUUUAGUUGAGCUGCGGAACAGAAUAACGGAAGCAGCUGAAUUUGUUAAUAAUGGGAGAUUCGCCCGUCUGAUAAUCCGAUCGCUUUUAAGACGUCAAACUUUCAUUGCUGCUGAAGGUAGGCAUGGUGGCCGAAACGUCGUACAAUAAAUAGAAAUUAAAACAUUGAUGUGGUUGGAUUCGGCCAGACAAUGGAGUCUUAUGAGCAUUAAAAUCAUUGCAUAAGUUUCAGGUGUUAAAUCAACCGCUCAAGUUUCGAGCGGUAAUAAUAUUUUCACAUAUCCCUAUUAUUCUGUCGCCAGUUUCACUAUACUGUAAUGAAAAACAAAUAUGCACUUGAGAAAUCCUUCAUCAUUUUCAGCAUUACCAAAAUGAUUGGGCUAUUGGUAGCAGCAGUGACUGUUAUUUUGUGUAUUUGCUUGUAUCUGCAUCGCCGCUUCACUUAUUGGGUAAGGAAGAAUGUGAAGCAACUUGAUACAACAUGGAUAUUGGGAAACAGUGACAAGGCUACACUGAGACAGGAAUCCUUUGCAGACAUGGUUAAACGCGUGUAUGAUGCCGAUCGUGGAGAAAGGUAUACCGGCAUAUAUCAAAUGUCUAUACCAACUCUACUCGUCCGAGACAUUGACUUACUAAAGCAAGUGUGUGUCAAAGAUUUUGACCAUUUUGUGGACCAUAUGACAUUUAUACCAGACAACUGUGAUCCUUUGUGGGCCAAGAAUCUGUUUGCUCUCAAAGGGCAAAGGUGGAAAGAAAUGCGACCUAUCCUGAGUCCAUCAUUCACCAGCAGUAAAAUGAGGGCAAUGUUUCUGUUAAUGUCGGAUUGCGCCAAAAGAUUCACUCAAUUUUUUGCCGACAAAAAUGAUGAAAUUGUCGAGUUGGAAAUGAAAGAUUCCUUUACACGGUAUUGCAACGAUGUGAUCGCGACAUGUGCCUUUGGUAUAGAAUGUGAUUCUCUCCGUCAACCAAACAAUGCUUUCUAUCUUAUGGGAAAAAGGACAACAAACUUCUCCUCACUUUCAAUGCAACUGAAAUUCAUCGCGCUUUCAGCUGUUCCUUGGCUGUUUGAGCUACUUAAAAUUCCAAUCUUCGACGACGAGAUAAAACAAUUUUUCUAUUCUCUCGUGAAUGACACAAUUAAAACUAGGGAGGAAAAGGGUAUCGUCAGACCGGAUAUGAUUCAUUUACUCAUGGAAGCCAGAAAAGGAGAAACUAAGCAAGAAGAAGAUAAUGUCAUUGAUACUGGAUUUUCCACAGUACAGGAAUCUAACGCUCUCAAAGGAAAAGCUUCUCCCGUGGAAAUCACCAACCAAGACAUUGCUUCACAAGUCAUGAUAUUUUUCUUCGGUGGUUUCGAUUCAGUCUCAAAUCUGAUGUGUUUCAUGGCACACGAAUUGGCUGAGAAUCCGGAUGUUCAAGACCGGCUGCGAGACGAAAUCAUGCAAACCACAAACGCAUGUAACGGAAAGCUUACCUACGAAGCUCUACUGAAAAUGAAAUAUAUGGAUAUGGUAGUAUCUGAAACGUUGAGAAAAUGGCCAAACGCUGUAGCUGUAGAUCGGGUCUGCACGAAACCUUACACCGUAGAACCAUCCAAGCCUGGAGAAAUUCCUCUACACUUGAAGGAGAACGAUGUGCUAUGGAUUCCCAUUUAUGGACUCCAUCAUGAUUAUAGAUACUUUCCCCAUCCAGAAAGAUUCGAUCCAGAAAGGUUCAGUGACGAGAACAAAGAUAAAAUCAUACCGUACACCUAUUUGCCAUUUGGAUGCGGGCCCAGAAACUGCAUUGGCUCCAGAUUUGCCUUGUUGGAGACGAAGGCUGUUUUCUUCCAUUUGUUGACACAGUUCGAAAUUGUACCAACAAAUAAGACGCAGAUACCUCUAAAACUGGACAAGAGGUCUUUCCCCAUGGUUGCAGAAAACGGGUUUUGGGUUGGCUUGAAGAAGCUAAAUCAGUGAGUUGUACGCGUUAAUCAAUAAGUGCAUCCGUAUUUUAAACUUUUAUACCAGUAAGCUUUUAUUGUUUUAUAUACACUAUGUGUUUAUGUACCUGUUAUGUAUACUACGAUAUAAAUAAAUCGUUUAUUAAUCAA